GAAAGCGCGCAGCACAUAUUUAUAACGUGUUGUUAUUCAAAAUACGUUUUCUACUUGCUUGCAAAAAAAGUUCUCAAAGUGAUCAUGGCUGAAAGCUGCUCGGGAAUAUUUCAUUAUAACGCAACAUUCAACUGCUUUAAUAGUUUUUAAAUAGUUAUCAGGCUUACUUAUAAUUUUACUGUUUUUAACAUAACAUGCAAUAGAUAAAUUACACCACAUAAAGUAGUAUACAUGUCUAACUAUACAGAGUAGUAUUUUUUACAUUUCUGAUUGGGCGGGCCAGCUGUCAAUCUGGGCGGCCCCAGGCCCGCCCAUAGCUCCGCGCCUGCUUUAGCUACUUUACAUUGAAAAUAGUGACUGUACAGCGCGGGCGAUCAGCGUUGCGCGCAAACCGCGAGUAUAAAAAAGUUUUUUUGAGAAAUCACACCUCAGCCCCUCUAGAGAGGCCAUCAGUCUUUUUGUCUUGUUCACAGACACAGUAGCCUUUGAUCAUUUGACACUUUGAAUGACGGGCAGGAUGUACAUUUCACAGAUUGUGAUUUUAUUAUGUUUUAUGUUGGCUUCAAAUGCACUGGGCCAAUGCAAGGGAAAGUGUGAACAUUUUCAACUAUCCACAAUCAGCACCCCUCUGAAAUCUGAAAUCUUGCUCCCUUGUUACUUUGAAACAAGCAAUAACACCGCUAAUAAAACAAACAGAGCGAGUUGGAGACACUUAUCAUCAAGUCUCCUAGAGAUCACACAAGAUGGGAUUAUCAUGUUUGAUGAUCCUAGAGAAGGACGGGUGACUGUUUUUCCCAUCCUAGCUGCAAGAGGAAACUUCUCCAUCAUUAUCCAUAAUGUACAUGCCUCAGAUUUUGGCUCAUAUUGCUGUGAGUUUAAUCGGGAAUGCUUGCUAAUGCAGAUCACCGAAACAACCCGUCCGGAGAAAAAUAAUGUUUUAAACCCCUGGAUAUACUUUGGAGCUGGAGCUGGAUUAUUUAUUCUGCUUUUUAUUAUAGCCUGCUUGUUUUUAAAAUUCUGUGGAGGAAAUUUCUUCUCUUGGAUUGGAAAUGGUUUAAAUAGAUCACCUACAUAUGUUAAUGGAGUACAGACUGGAGGUCGGAGAAGAGGAAUUACAACUGUUUAUAUGUGAAGAAUAAGAAAAAUAUAAUUGAAUAUAAUGUCUAAAAUGUACCAUCGAUUUUCAUGACAAGGGCAGCGUGGGCUUUCUGCUAAAAAUCCUUUGUAAAAAAAAUUUUACCUUUAACCACCAAACCCACACCGUCCCCACAGUGACUAACAAAAUCUAUAUGAAAAUAUAAAAUAUAAAUAAUAUAUAAAUAUGAAAAUAUUUUCUCAUGCUCUUUGUAACAGGAUGUGGUCAGUAUGUUAUAAAAUGGUGGUAUAGAAAAGAACAAUUAGGUCAAGAGUCAAGACUGCAGUCUGAAAUGUAAACGUGUUGCAAAAACCCCUAUGUACUUUAAGGAUUUAUGCAUUUCUAAAUAUGCCACAUUAUUUUCACGGUUUGACCUAAUCUGGAAAAAAGCUAUAUAACUUGGCAUGUAUCUAAAACAGAGGGUCUCUGUUUUGUCAUUUCGAACAAUCAUGAUAUUUUACAAAAAAACAUCUUGGGGGUUUCCUGGACAGGGUUAAGGUUAAGCAAUGAUUAGAUCUUAGUUAUAUUACGACAUUAUUUUAAGUUAUUUUAAACAUACCCUGCAAAAAUAAAACCAUUGCUGUGUGCAUGUUGAUGCAAACAAUUGCUCUAAUACAAGAUAUGUUUUAUGCAGAUUAUUGUGGAAC